GUAGGUGAUCUUUCAUUAAAAACAUAAGUGAUAUUCUACUAAAUAUUGCUGUAUUUUUACUCUCAAGAAUUAUACGUAAGGACAACUGAUAGCAAAUCAUAGAGAUGGUGCGUGAACUAAAUAUGGACACACAAAGACAGAACUUUUGGAAAGAGACCAUUCGUAAAGAAGCGAUGCUUAGACGCUGGCAGACCCAAUACUCAAGAGAGUUUGCGAGUUUAGGGAGUUUGUCAAAACGCAGAGCAAAAAAAGCAACAAUCGACGUCGAACCGGUGAUGCUAAACCUUGAAACAGCUUUAAAAAUAAAAUUGAACGAGUUACCGGCGAAAGAAAUUAAUAAGCAAGAGGUUUCUGACCAACCCAGCGAUUUACCGAAAAUUUAUGAAAAAGAAAUGAGACCUGCAUCGAGUGGAACAUUGGGAUUAUUGUAUGACGGUUUUAGUGCCGACGGUGGAGGACGAUACGCUUAUCUCGAGAAAAGAAAAACUAUUAUUCCCGAGAAUAAAUACGAAUUUCCGAUCACCAGCUCCUUCGAAUAUGGUUGGAAGAACAAGGGUAUAACAAGAUCCCUGAGACCUGCUAAUUUUUGUCGCAGCUCAACCAUAAAGGAAGAAUUUUAUCGUCCAAACGGAAUUUUUACUUCGUAGUUCCUUCAACAAACAAAUUAUUAGAAUAUUGUCAUGUUUUCCGUAAGAUUCGAAGUAAAGGAACUCUUGAUGUGAAAUAGAUUUGCAGAUUCUUCUAAGCUACCUUAAUCUUAAAAAGGACAGUCAUUUCAAUUUUUCUGUAUCUUUGAUUUGUCAUUCUAUAACUAGGAAUAAAUAACACAGGGACUUUAAACGAAGAAAAAAGUAAAAAGAAUUAUACUUCCAGUGCUUAGAUAAGGCAAUAUAUUUUAUUAAAAUAUUUCCAAAGAA